AUGUACCUCCCACAGCCGCCCGUUGGCCUGCCAAAGAACAAAGCAACUAAACCGGAUUUUGUUCCAAUAGAGUCACUCGUCUCUUCGGGUGAUUUUCAGCGUAACUUGCGGUGUCGUGCGCCUGGCACUGGGUCCUGGAUCUUCGAUACACCCGAGUAUACCUCAUGGCAUGAUGGUGAUUUGCAAAACAUCCUCACUAUUCAUGGCCCAUCAGGCACAGGCAAAUCGGUCCUCGCAGCAUCUAUCGCAGAAAGACUUCACCAGACUGAGAAGGAUAUUCCUCUUUUGUUCUGCCCUCAGAGACUUCAGACUCCUCUAGUCAAGAGUCCCUGGCGAAGGAGCUUGUCUUCCAUCCUUGUCCGGGACUGGCUUGCCCAGGCAUUUAAAUUCGCACCGGACCUGCAUGGUAAAGUUCGAGAUCUAGCCAGAAGAAGCAAAAGGUCUAGUUACUUCGCAAAAUGGGAGUGGAAGGAUUUGCACGAUGUGAAUCUGAUGCAACUUUGGUCGCUGUUGACCGAGGCGAUUGAAGCUAUUCCCAAAAUUUACUGUGUGAUUGAUGGUGUCAAUGCCUUUCAAGAUGCGGAAGAUACGGAGUUCUUGAAAGAAAUGCUUAAAUGGAAGGAUCUGCAUCCUGGUACUGUCAAGAUAUUGUUCACGAGCAACUCUACUGCACCUAUUGAAGGCGAGAUUCGUCUGGACAUGGACAACGAGCUUGUGUGCCAAGACGUGCGCACGUUCUUGAAUGCCGAGCUGCAAUCAUUCGAUGUGCCUGAUGAUACAGGGUCACUAAUUCGAGAUGCGUUCAGUGAAAAGCCGUUUCUCCAUACCCGCCUCGGACUGUUUGUCCUCAAGCAGGAUAGCAAUGUCAUGGCUAUUUCACAAUUAUUGGACGGGGUGACACCAACGCUGUACGAGUUGUACGAUCUCAUUCUGGAAAAGUGCAGCACCGGUCCAUUUGUGCCCUCGGAUUAUCGACGGUCGAUUUUAUCUCUCUCCCUCUAUCCUGCACGUCGACCCCGCCGUCCAGAACUGCUUGCGGCCCUCGAAGUGGUGUAUGGGCCCGAAGCAAAAGAUAUCAACUUGAUAAAGUCAGCCUUCGGCCCACUGCUAGAGAUCCUAGGCGAUGGCACCCUGACCAUCCUUUGGAAAUCCUUCAUCUCGUACUUACACGAUGAGAACCGAAGUCCAGAAAGCCAGGCCUUGGUACCUGUCAUCUCGCCAGAGGAUGCACACCAGCAUCUGGCAACUAUCUCCAUGAAGGUGUUGAUGGGCAGGUUCAACGACGAAAAGAAACUCGAGGAUGUUAACAAAUCCAAAGAGUGGAGCGCUGCGACGAGGUUUCAGCCUUUCCUGGACUAUGCUGCAUCGAACUGGUUCCUCCAUACUCGAGAGUUACCAAUUAUUACAGGUGAAUUACGAGAAUUACUACUCCAGUGGUUUGGAGAGCGACAGGAAUGUGCAUAUCGCUGGACCGAGGAACUAUGCGCUCCUGAUCCGGAAAAGAUCGACUCUAUCACGCCUAUCCACAUUGCAGCAUGGACAGGAGCUGUUAGCAUGAUACAAAUCGCCGUGGAGGCAGGCUGCUCGUACAAUGACACAAUGAGUGAUGGGACUUCGCCUCUGGCUAUUGCAUCUAAGUAUGGACACGAGGACGUAGUCGUCUAUCUCCUACCUCGAGGCGCGGAUCCAAAUUUAGUCGAUCGAGGUGGUGACAAUGCAAUUGACCUCGCCGCUCGUUGCAAUCAUCUCACAUUAGUACAGAUUCUGAUUCAAGCCAACGCCGAUGUUAAUGUCACCGAGGAAGAAUCGGAAAGGGCUCGUAACUACCGGGGAGGCUGCUCAUCAGGAGGAUGUGAUACCCCCUACCCACGAAGAUCAUCUGCUUUCUCCAAGGCAUUGAUGGCUCAAAGAACGGAGAUAAUCCGGUAUUUGUUACCAUUUGCAACUGACCCCAACGAAAUUGCACAAGGAAUAGAUACGGCUGCCACAAAGGGUGAUAUCCCCAUGCUCGAACUUCUCUUGAGCUCGCCGUUGGCAAAUGUGAACGGCAAAUGGUCCGAUGACACUCCUCUAUUCCGAGCCGGGCUUCCUCACAAUUAUGAAACGAUGAAAUUCCUUCUUGAACGCGGUGCGGACCCUAAUCUAGCAUCAAGAGGACUGCGCUCUCAUGGCUGUGUCAUGGUUGGUUGGAUGCCGGGUGAUCCAGAUUCUAUUCCUCUCCAUGCCGUGGCCGGUUUCGAUGUUGGUGGCGAGCACCACGGGGGCAGUGCCGAAGAAGCGCGCAAGUGCUGUCAGCUACUGUUGGAUGCUGGCAGCAACGUGAAUGCCCAAGGACAUUGCUAUAUGACUCCCCUUCAUAUCAGUGCCUCCAAAAACCUUACCGGAGUAAUGGAGCUUCUGUUGCAACACGGCGCUGACCCAAAUAUGACAGACCAACAAGGCCAAACUGUCUUCGACUCACUCCACGGAAACAAGGAAUCUCUUCGCACUAUUCACAUCUUGGCCAAGCAUGGACUUAAGCUAGAUGAGCCUCGUGGACCAAAGAGAAUUAUCCCCCUAUUCUCAUUGUUCAAAGACACGAGGGGCUUUGGCAAAGACCUCGAUCCAUUGAAGCUGGCCCCUUAUGUCUCUGAUUGGAACGUUACAGACGAGGAUGGUAACACUUUUUUGAACCUGAUGACCAACGCGAAUUAUGCUUCGGAGCCCAAUUUCUUCUCACAGCUUGUCCAGCUCGGCUGUGAUCCCCGAAAAAAGAACAAAGAUGGCCUUGAACCAUUGCACAAGCUCUGCCAUUUUUACCAGGUAUACAACUUAGACAAAGUUGAAGCCGUUGGUCACAUCCUUGUCAAUGCCGGAGGUGAUAUCGAAGCGAAAGAUGCCAAGGGAUGUACACCCUUGCACCAUCUAGUGCAGACCCUGAGAAACCGCGACCCCGAAAAUCAAGAGCCCAUAUCAAAGUUUGUCCGCACGUAUGGGCCCAAUGUAAAUGCCACCGAUGGAGAUGGAAACAGCGCGCUGCAUAUGCUUUUCGAAGGACGGCCUUCCGAGAUUUUUAAGGAUUUAGUGGUUAACUUGGGUGCAGAUGCUCGGGCAACGAACCGGGCGGGCGAGAGCCUCAUGCACGUCUUGAUGAGGGGCAGUCUCGCCGAGGAUGCUGCUAUUCCUGUUCAAUUGGUCCAACAGCUUGCGGAGUAUGGGAUAUCCAGCACUCAUCAAGACCAGAGUGGAAAUACUCCGCUCCAUGUUUUGUGCCAGACCCGACUGAGUUCCAAAGCCAGUACUUGGCCAUCUAAUGAGGCAGUCGAUCUCUUACUUUCUCUCGAUGAUGGUCUAACCCUUGAGAUGGAGAACCACCGGGGCCUGCGCCAAAUCCAUACCGCUGCGGCAAACAACAAGCUGCUCGUGGCGAAACUCAUUUCAAAGGGUGCUUCUACGUCGAACACAACAAAGAAUGGCCAGAACAUUCUUCAUAUCGCUGCUUCAGCUCGUGAAGGAGACAUAGUGGGGUUCAUGGUCGACCAUUACCAAAAGAACGGAAACCUUGGUCUAUUCUUAGAUCAGCCCGACGAGGUUGGAUGUACACCAUUACAUGCAGCCUGCAAGGUUGGGUUUCACGAGAGUGUCCGCCUCCUUGUGGAAGCUGGAGCGAAGCUUGAUGCUCGUGACAAUGCCGGCUGUACGCCCUUGGAUAUCUGCAAGCAAUUACUUGACGAAGUGGUCAAAAACAGCGGAGAUGCCUGGGACAGCAAUAUUAGCUACGGCUACCAGCCCUACCAGCAUGGCCAGUUUGGUUCCGAGCCAAAUACUCAAACAAACGACGGAGGGCAGAUGAUGGAGAUUAUUUAUUUCCUUGGUCAGGCUAUGGAUGAAUCACCUGUCCUCAGAGGAGAUUAUAUGCCGAACACCCAGAGACGAGUCUAUCGCCAAUCUUGCUUUGCACCAGUCAUCAGGAAGGGCGACUACGGCGUGUUCCGGAAAUGUAUCGACCAAGGCAUGAAAUUCACUCCUAGGGAUAAUAAGCGCAUACUUGACCCUCUCACGAUCGUCGUGAAUGGUGGCUAUGCUUUCUUGUUUGACUUGAUCGCUCAGUCGUUCCCGAAUAAUUCCUUUUUCAUGGGAAACGAGGAUGUGGCGCCGUACUUUUUGACUGCUAUCACGAGAACACAGCCAAACAUGCAAAUCCUGCAGUUGCUGGUGGAGAAGUUUGGAGCAGACGUGAACAUGAGAAAAAGAGGCUCCACUAGCAUCUGGACUGGCCAGUACGACGCCUGUGAGUCUGGUGCCCUUCAUAUCAUUGCUCGGGGCUAUAUCUGGUGGCACAAAGAAGCCCUCAAAUACCUGCUGGCGAAGGGAGCCGAUCCCAAUUUGAAGGACGGCAAGGGAAGGACAGCGCUGCAAUUGGCCGUGAAAAGUGCAUAUCAUGGUGCAUUCAUGAGCAAAGAAAUCAUGUGGAUUUUGCUGGAACAUGGCGCUGAUCCAAACCUCCCCGAUGAGAGCGGAAUUGCACCUUUAGACGAGAAGAUCAGGGAUCCUGAAGUGACUGAACUUCUUGUUCGCUUUGGGGGCAAGCCAAAUCACCCCGAUCGCUCCUUCGCACUGUGCAAGGCCAUCACGAAGCGUGAUCUUCAAGCCGUUCGGGAUCUCUUGGAGUCGGGACAAGACCCCAAUAUCCUGCCACCCGAGGAGCCUCAAUUGUCAGAUUCGUCGACUCAAGCAGGUGGACCAAGCAAAAAACGGAAGGCUCCCUUUGACAUGGCUGCAUUUCUAAAUCGUCCCAGGAUGGGAUAUCCCCUCGAGAUCGCCGUAACCGAUAUCUCCGAUGUGAACCGCCAUCCCGAUGCCUUAACCAUCAUAAGACUUUUGCUAGAACACGGUGCCGAUCCGUUCAAGCAAAGCAAACAUAACGAGAAAACAACCAUCCUGCACCAUCUCCUUGAAAAUGCGGAAAGCGCGGAUGUAUGUGAGAUACUUCUCGGCCUGGAUGGCUUAGGCCUCGAGACUCGCGACUCAUGUGGCAAUACGUUGUUUCUGGCAGCUUGCAAGUACUGGGAACGACGAUGGAAAAGUAUCCUAGACGUUCAUCCUAUGCGUUACAUGGCUCUUCGUCAAAGGGGUGCUGAUAUUCGUGUCACGAACAACAAUGGAGACAACGCGUUACAUAUCGUUGUAUCCCUUCCGGGCAGACAUCGAGACGAAAAGGAUAGAAAAGCGGCCAUGUCUACGUUGAUUGGCCAGUGCCCUGAAUUAGUCCAUCAGCGAAACAACGAUGGCUUCACGCCUUUCCAGACUGCUUGGAAAAAUAAUGAUUCGGACUGGUCUUGGCAGGUUCUACUCGAUGCAGGAGCUGAUUUUACCACAGCGGCUCCAGAUGGGACCACUGUGCUUCAUGCAUCCCUGACAGUCCGUCCGGACGGGGUGAAAUGGGUCAAACGCUUCCUGGAUAUAGGUCUGGAUUUGAAUGCUCGAAACAGAGAUGGGGAGACACCGGUAUUUGCUUGGGUGAGAUCUCCACAGCCUUUGGUGGAUGAGAUGCAGCAGUUGUUGAAGGCUCCAGAUGAGAGUUUGGACGACACCGAUGAAGAGGAAGAGGAAGGACUAUUCAUCAGAACGAUUUCUUUCUUGAAAGAGGCGGGCUUUGAUUUCCAUCUUGUCAAUUCCCAUGGGCAGAACUUGCUGCAUGUCAUUGCUCAGUCCGGUGUUGAGAAGCGUGGAAUUUUUGGCGAUCCCGCGCCGCGAAGAGCGCUUAUCUUGUUUAAGGAAUUCGUUGCAUAUGGAUUGGAUCCUUCUGUUCAAGAUACGAGGGGCUGGACUGCAUUGGACUAUGUUUUGUCUACUGGCAAUGAGAAACUCUCAGAUUGGUAUGCCGCACGCUAG